GCCAGCACGUGCAUCUGGACUCCAGUCAAAACUCUCAUUCUUAUCCGACAGCCAGUUUCCACUUUCCAUUUUUUCUCCCUCUGAUCUUCUUUCCUUUCCCAUUUCCCUUUUACCCUUCUGUCCUGCGAAGAAAGCUAACCACAAACAAGUAAAUAAGAAAUUCUCUUUCCAAAAAUCUAAGUUACUUUCUUCCUUAAUCGCCUCCUCCAUUUUUUAUGUAUUUUAGCAGCCUGAGGCGACCUAAAUUUUCUCCCUCACAAACUUUGAUCUUGUAACUGUUUUAACUGCAGUCUGCACGCAUAGUAACUGUAGAGUGAGUACUUAAUAGAGUAGUAAGAGGUUUUCAUUUACAUGGAAGCCUUCAAAAAGCAAGCUACCAGGCUUAGAGAGCAAGUUGCAAAGCAACAGCAAGCAGUAUUGAAGCAUUUGGGACAUCUUAGCAAUGAAGGAAUUAUCGUUGAUGAAGCUGAAUUACAAUGCUAUCAACAUCUUCAAAAUCUCUACAAUUCCACUAGAACUGCUAAGCAUUUUCAAAAGAAUAUUGUUCGCGGUGUUGAAGGUUUUGUAUCUGUUAGUUCAAAGCAAAUGGAAAUGUUGAGGAGGUUGGCUGAUGAGUGUUGUAAAUACGGAGCUGAGAAUCAGAAGGAGAACAAUUAUGUUGCGAGGGCUGUUCUUCAGUUCGGUGCCUCGCAUAAUUUGAUGGAAAACGAGAAGGAAACUUUGGUUGGGGUUCUUAAUGACCAGGUUUCUAAGCCACUUCGGGCUUUAAUAACAGGAGCUCCUUUGGAGGAUGCUCGCCGCUUGACUCACCAUCAUGACAAACUCCGUCAAGCGGUUGAAGUCCAGGCAGCUGAAGUAUUGAGGUGUCGGUCAAAAACCAGGGAUUCUGAAAUAUCUGCUGAUAGUUGCACGAAGCUUCGAGCGGCAGAGGCAAGGUUGGCUGAGCUUAAAUCUACCGUGAUGUCACUUGGGAGAGAAGCAACUGCUGCCAUGUCUUCAGUUGAAAAUCAACAGCAACAGAUUACUCUUCAGCGGCUGUUUAGUAUGAUAGAUGCUGAGAGAUGUUAUCAUCAACAUGUUCUUACUAUUUUGGAUAAGCUACAUGCUGAGAUGAUUCUCGAGGAGCAAUUAAACGAGUCUUCACCGCAAUCGGAAACGACACAGAGAGAGAUGAUUGUCCCAUCUGUACAUGAGAAUAAUACUUCAAAUGGAUCUAAGAAUCACAUGGACAAUAAUAAUCAAGAGGACGGGCUUUUCAUAGCAAAAGUCAUACACCCAUUUGAUGCUCAAGCUGAAGGGGAGUUGAGUCUAUCUGUUGAUGAUUUUGUUGUGGUCCGGCAGGUGGCUCCAACAGGUUGGUCAGAAGGAGAAUGCAAAGGCAAGGCUGGAUGGUUUCCCUCUGCCUACAUAGAAAAGCAUGAAAACUCACCUGCAAGCAAGAUAAUGGAAGAAAACUUAACUUCUUGAUCGAAAUUGUUCAUGUACAGAAGAUGUAUAUGUCCUGUUUAUAUUAGAGUCCAAAUCUAUGCAGGAGCGGGCUACCUCGGUCAGCGAGUUAUUGAAAGCCAUUCCUUCUGGCAUGGUUUUAUUUAUUUGUGUUCACGGAAAUAAGGCCAGUGAGCAGCUUGUACUGAAUGUGUACCUGUUCAUCUGUAGUAACUUUUGUUGGAUAAUAAAACGCGCCCGCUUGGGUUAAGCUAUCUUCUAAAUUCAAGCAAGUAAUCGCAAGUUCUUCACCUUAAAAAUACCUAGACUGUUAGAAUUUGCAGCAGCUACACGGUUAAGAACUCUUUCCUUGUUUCCUUUGUUAAGAAAAUAAAUAUAAAUUGAUGAAGGGACUAAUUAAGUCAUAAAUGAUUAUUUUUUUCCCGAUAAUGAUGAUUGAUUGCAGUUAUAGAGAUAUUACAAUCUUUUAAGAACAUCAUAAAUAAUAAUGUGACAGUCUAAUUAAUUUUAAUUUAGGUGAGUGAAGGGAGGUAUUGCAAUAAUAAAAUUCUUGUGGCGAGUCACUUCUUACCUCGUAUCUCUGUCGUGUUUGAGUCGUCCCUCACCUCACCAACGGUCACUCUUCCACUCACUCUCUUGCACGCAUGUCGUUCCUCUGCACUACGAAUCUCUCUCUACACCCCCAUCCUCAAUUUCUAUAUCCUAACCUUAACCCUAAAUCCCCAAAA